AUCAUCGCGGCUGGAGGAAGAGAAUGAAUUAGAGACCAGGAAGUGUUGACACGGUGUACAUCUGUUGGUCAUUCGAAGAAACAGUUACAAACAUUUUAACUCCAAAGGAUAUUGUAAUUGUUUUUUUCGUGGAGUUAAUAAAAACAUCAUAUUGAAAUCAUGGGGAUGGGUGAUCCAAAUAGUACGGAGCCGAGAGAAGGAGAGUCUUCACAGGAGGUGGAUCCAGUUCGAUCUCUACAGUCUCAAGUGGACGGGGUCAAGGACAUUAUGACCCAGAAUGUCGAUCGGAUCCUGGCCCGUGGAGAAAGACUGGAUGAUCUGAUGGGCAAAUCUGAAGAUCUGCAAGCUGGGGCCCAGAACUUCAAGCACACCUCUCAGAAGGUUGCUCGCGCUUACUGGUGGAAGAACGUGAAGCUGAUCGUGCUUAUUGUUGUGAUAGUCCUCGUCAUUGUGCUGGUUAUCAUAUUCCUUGCCACUGGUGUGAUCCCAACCGGUACACCUGCAACCAAACCUCCCACCACACCACCCUAGGAUUUCUGUUAGUUACAAACACACACACACACACAAACACAUACAGAAAUAUGCAACCAUGUUCACAUACCAAGUCAAAAUUUCAAGAAUUCACACACACACACACACACACACACACACACACACACACACACACACACACACACACACACACACACACACACACACACACACACACACACAUACUCGUUCUUUGCACAUUUUGCUCAUAUACCCUCAUAUACCUUCACAUCUCAUGGUAUCACUUAUUACGAGGAGCUUCCAUUAUGACAGCUUUGAAACAUUGAAAUGAAGGAUUUUAAGUAGUCUAUAGAAAGAAUGCUGUCUAUUUUCUUACAUACUUCUCACCUCCUAAAACUUCAUCCUAAUGGCCACUUCGGUUGCCUUUAUGAUUCUCUAAAGCCUGAUAAAAUGCCACAACUGUAAUUAAUUCCUUCAAUUGCUGCAAUAUUGUUCAUACUGAAGGUAUGCUUGAAAUAAUCAUAUACUGGCAUUGAAUCAGAAAAGGUAAUGGGUGAAAGUUCUUUCUAUUGAGCUAUGAUGUAUAUUUAAGUCUGUUAGAUUAAAUUACAUAAUAUAUUAUGUGUAAUUAUGGAAUACUUUUAGAUCUCCAAGUGUCUCUAUUUUGUACUCUUGUACUUUUGUCGUCUCCACAAGUAUGUAUGUCAUUUGUAAAAGGUCAAACCAGAAUGUGUUCUUAAAACUGUUGCAUUAUCCAAAACACACCUUUUCAUUAAGUAAUUAUAUUGUGAGAUGUUUGGAUUUUUUUCCCCUGUCUUUAAUGUUUACUGAAAUUUGCAAUGCCCCUAA